AUGCGCGCGGUGCACGGCGCCGAGUUCAAGCUGGAUUUUCACCAUUCAGUUUUGAAGUUCGACACGUUGUGGUCGCAGUCAGUUGUGCUAACAGCUCCCUUGAAAAUGAAUGAUAAUAACUUAACCUCGGCUGGUCCAGAAGACCGACGUCCACAACUUGAAGCUCCAACAGCGCAGGACACCCAUCCACAAACGAUGCCAUCACAGAUGAAUAGGCCUGGAACAGCCACUACACAUUUUCGCACUCGCAAUUACUCUGCAGUUCAAUACAGAAAUGUAUACGAAAGACCUGCACCGAGGGAUUUCCGUCCUGAUUGGAUGGUAAGAGCGGCGGCUUUGCCUAAUGCAGCACCGGCACCACGUCUGAGGGAAAGUAUUUUGGAGGGAGGUAGUACAUCGUGGGACGAAGAAGGUGCGCCUAAUCUUGUGGAACAAUGGAUCAGAGACUCGAAUUUUGACACUCGAAGCGAGGCCGCUGUAGUGUGUGACGAUGCAAGAAACAAUGACACUAUUGAAUUGAAUAGCACCAUCGAUUUGACUGAUGAAGGAGUGGGAAGCAUCAGCCAUUCCGGAGCAACCGACGAAAACGAGAAAAGCAACAAAAGCAACAGCGCUAUGGAGAAAUCCGCUGAGAACGAGAAUCGCAAAAACGUUGAUGAGCCAUCCGACAAAAAUGGGAUUGACAACGCUGCCGGAGAAAGUGCAAACGAUGGAAACCCGGUUGCAUCUUCGGAGAGAAAAGCCGAUUUGAACAACGAUGUUAACUUACUCGAUGCCGAUUUGGACAGCAGCAACCCUGCCUGGCCUACCCAUGACGAUGAAGCCGUCAAGAGCGGUGACGACUGUAACCCUUUCGAUGAAGAUGAAGAAAGCAUCAGGACCAGUAACACUCUCUGGCCUAUCUAUGAAGAUGAUGAGAGGUCCAGUAACAAUCCGUGGUCUGUUGAUGAAAACAGGGUCGACAGGAUCUGUAACACUCUUUGGCCUAUCGAAGAAGAUGCCAGGAGCAACAUUACCUGGUCCGAUGAAGUCAGAAGCAGCAACACUCCCUGGAUGUCCGCCGAAGAGGAGCUUGGCGAUGUCAAUGUCCCAGGAAUGGACACAAGCUUCUCCUCAUACAAUACUGCUUUGUCGCAGAACAUCACAGUUGAUGUGGAAGAUGAUCGCUACCGUUAUUGCUUUUACCUUUCCGAUAUGACAUCGGGAAAGUACGGAGAUCAAAAGCUCACAUUCAAUCAGUGGCUGGAGAUCAAAGCGAGAGAACAUGCACAGCCCGGUAGCGAGUUUGAUCUGGACAAUAUUCCGCUUAGAGAAGAUGAUUAGGCUAGUGCUUCAAGCAAUUCAACUCUGCCUUCCCUGAUGGUAGACAUGCUGCAUAUGCGUUAAAUCUCAGAGCCGUCAUGUUCCACUUUGAUGGUUCCAUACUUGCUCAUCGAUUUCACUGACUCGGUGAGUAUAGAGUGAAAAUUUCUGUGCUAUAGUUUGUGGUUCGUUUUGUAUUGGCUUUAUUGUGUAUCGCUUUGCUUACUAGUAUAUAUAUGCUUUUGUGUUCGUAUACUUGUG